AUGUCUACCCCUACCCAUGAUACUCUGAACGUGGGCAAACCCUACAAUGCCGCUUGGCGGGUGGUUGCUGGGCCUGACCGCGACAACUACAACUCCAUCGAACCCAGGUGCCGCGAAGAUCGCAGAUGGGUCGUGGAUGCGGCGCCUAUCGUGGCUGGAGAGCAAGACGGAGUCAAGUUGUCGAGCGUCUGGCGGGCGAGGCAGCUGGAGCCGAUAUUCACCAACGCGACCGCAGCGGCUGAGCAGUACAUGGUGGAAGACGGAGCACGGAAGCAGUAUUUUGCAGAGAACCGUAAGUGGCGUGAAGCUGAUGAGCUGUUUCAUAUGUUGGAUGUCAAGAUUUGUCAGGGCAAGACGGUCACCGUUCGGCAGGACUUGACCGAUUCGCGGUUCUACUGCAAGCACAAGGGGGGCACCCCCAUCUUCAACUACGAGCCACCGAGGCGGCGCAUCACUGGGCAGAGCUACGCGACAAUCACCAUGUCGGCGGAUGGUGUCGUUGAGCAUCCCAAGCCGCCCCCUAUCAGGGAUUCAGACGCGCCAGCUGACAGGAGCGAGUUCACGUACAACGGCGAAGUUCCGCGAGCUGCAAAAGAAUACAUAGCGCGGCUCUGCACACUCUUGCCGCACGCUGUCCGCGCUCUCAUUUGCGUGGUAGUCUGGGAGGGAAAGCAGGUAGGACUCUCAGUUAAUGCAUUGUCACCGCUCCCUAGUCUCUGUCCGAUAGAAGGAUUGGUAAGGUUGGCUGAGUUCUGGAGCAUCAUAUUUGGAGGAGGGAGAAAGACGCCGAGGCGGGUCCGCGAGCAACUGGAGAAGAAUAGGGUGCUCACGGAGACAGCUUAUCUCCUAAACGAGCUUGAGGGGAGGGGAGGGACGAACGACCUCAAGGCGAACCUCAGGAUGGUUAGACACAGCGUUUCGUACAUGAUGGGACUCGAAAUUAGAGACGCAGCACAUCUGGAGAGCGAGUUCAUGAAGAAGGAAGCUUUCGGCGAGCUUUUUGAUCCCAGGAGCACCAAAGCCUGCUUCAUUUGGGCAAACUCACGCUCGCUUAGUCGUGUUCAAAACAUCCACCAGUACUACAAGCACAGGUUUUACAAUUCCGACCCCCUCGGCGUUAUUUGUUACCAGUUUCUCGAUAGCGUGUGGGAUCAGAUACAGGGUGCUCUCCACGCUUUAUCCAGCCUCCCUCCGGAGUCCAUUGACCGCAACAAUCUCGUGGCAAGCCUGACAAGAGCACCACACUAUCCCGCCCAUCUACAAAGGUCGCACCUGAGCCCAGAGCUUAGAUUGGAGGUUUUAUCCACGGAUCAGGAUAGAGCACCCCGGUCGGAUUUGAUUUUGUGCCCCUUGUACGCCCGCUCUUAA